GCUUUCGGUGAGCGUUUCCAACGUACGAAGCGCUCAGUUUCACGUAAACGUUCGCGUAGAGGGAGUCAGAAAAGCUCUGUGAGCCGACAGCGCGUCUAGUAAAACGUGAUACGUUACGAAAGCUCACUGCCGGAACGCGUUCAACAGAGCGUUUACAGUUCAUAUUUAAUUCAUGAGAUAAAGUCAUUGCGUUGAUGUGCGUAUGAUAUUUCGUCUUUUUCUGCAGUGAAGUUGGAUAUAAAGUUGCGAUUUUUGGUUCAGUUUUUCUGUGUUGUGAUUGUUUCGUUAUGUUGGAUUAUGCUUGACAAAGUGCUCGGAUAAGGCUUAUGGAAAGACCUGGUGAAGAGGGUGAAGAAUCACCGCCAGGUCUGGAGGCAAUGUGGGGUAUGGAGACAGGGGCGGACUGCGAUUGUCCAGGGCCGCCUCCAGAAUUUUUGCUUCCUCCACCUCCACGACCUCCCUUCCUGCAAUCGGCAGAUCCAUCUUUCUGUUCUGAAGACACACUAUCUAUCGAAACUUGUGACGCCUUACCUCUAAUCGACGCAAGUUACCGAAGUAGUCCUUCUUUCCAGACCUCGGCUGUGAUAGUGCUGUGCUCUGUACUUCUUGGACUUUUUGUCUUCAUCGUCGUCAUUGUUGUGUGGAAACACAAAAGAAAAGUACAAAACUUCCUCCCCUGCAAAAACUCCCCCCAGAAUAACUGUGAUGGUCCCACCGCCCCUGGUGUAAUCUACGAGGAUUUACACGAUGUGUUGCCUAGAACCACCCCCACACAUCAUCACCACCACCACCACCAAUACAAUCACCCUGCUGGAGGACGGAUAGCUCCAACGAUAGAGAUGAUAGACGUGAAGAACAAUAUCCACUACCCAAGCGGCUACCCAAUCUCACCUCAUCCUCCAGUCUUCCUGUGUUCAUCGCCAGGACCAGAUCCUUACUGCUCCCAGGACCUCUACAAUCCGGUGUACGAAGAACUGAGCGACGCAGAAAGCGACAUGGUGCCUGCUACUCACAGCGAAGACGAGUUUGCUGAAGACGAAUUAAGUCUGGGCGGUGACAUGGACAGAAGACGUCUGGACAUGGCUCCGCCACCAUAUAGAAGUGAAGUGCAAUCUAUGCGAAGGGACAUUCCUCGUUUUAGACGUCCACACGAACCUUUACCUCCGCUGCCCAACAGCAAGCGAAACAGGACUUUGGACAGGCGGAGACAAGAGUUUCAUGAAGGAAUGCUCCUGGACGCCUUGUUGCAGCUGUAUCCUAGAGUAGGUAGCGUUGAACAGCCCCCCAGAAGGCAGAUUCCGAGUAUAGACGAAAGAAUUCAGUGCUUGGCUCAAACGCCAGGACCUUACGAAACAGUGCCGGUUCUUGGACAUUUAGCCACGUUCAGGCCUAAGCCGUAUUCCCAAGAUUCUGCUUUCGGUUCAGAUUCGGGCUACAGUAAUCACACGAGUGGUACUAGAGGUUCCAACAGAGGUCGACGUGACCCUAGAAGACUUUCUCAACUAAGUGCGGAUCUGGCAUUGACUUGAAAACGAUUCAAUUAGAAAUGUUUGUGGUUACACCAAAGUAAUAUUUUUAUAGAAUUUUUCACACUUGUUCCAUUAGUGUUCAGUACUAGCCAUUUGUGACUUCAGGGUCUGGCUAGUUUCCCAAUGGAGUAAACUGAUUGUGCAAUAAUUAUUAUGAGAUGAAUCAUUAAGUCCAUCAGAAGUAUGAAAACUCCUAUAGCUAAUCCAUUCAUCAAUUGAAAAUCGAAUUUCGCUAUAGCCACUCAAGAAUAAUUGUGAUCCAACUUAUACUUUAAAUGUCUUUAUCUUCUGUGAUAAAAGUGUUGAUUCGACAGAAGAAACCUCGUCCUUGAAAAGGCAAUUGGACUUCUUUAUCAAUAAAAACUCAAGUAUUCUUGAAUAUCAUUCCUCUCAAUAAAACAGUCAAUUACAAUAAAGUUUCUUCGCAUCUUCAAAAAUGUUCUACAUUUUUAACUUUAUAAUUGAGUUCAUUUUUUCUGUCAAAUUCACUAUUCAUUGUUUUGUAAAGAAGUAAUAAUGAUUCAUAAAUGCGAAUGAUAGAUAUUCAAGAGAUGUCGCCUCAUAUCGAAGCUUUAGUCACAAAACUGUAACAUUCCAAUAAUAACAAUGAAGGUUACUGGAAAAAUAUUAUCUGGCUUUAUGAUAUUUGUAUUUGAUGCUGAAGUGUUGAAUAAACAUUAAGUUGGGAACUUUGUUAUUUACACAACUGCAGAUAAUAUUUUGAAUUGAAUAUCAUCGAUUUUCUAUUUGAACAGCCUUUAUUUAGUCUUAUUGUUAACAGAAGAUUAUUUGUUUCAAACAAAGUCUGUGGCUAUAUCACACAAUGGUUUCUUGUUGCUCAUUCAAUUCUAGUGACUAAUAUUCGUUCAGGAAAUAUUAUUUUAUCGAUAAAGUUUAGACGCAACAACACUUUCAGUUUUUUAUUUGCCAGUUUCUUCUGUUAACAAAAAACUAACUAACUUUUUGCACCGUUUAAGAAUUACAUAUAGACUUCACUGUACAUAUUGAAACAUAGUAUAGAGAUUGUAAAUCGACUUCAACUUCCGGCAACCAAAGUUGUAGAACUCCAUUUCGAUACUACUGAAUUGUAUAGAAUCUUGUAUAUUUCUGUUCUAUAUUAUUUAUUUAUGUACAUAUCUGUUGUAAUUAUGUAAAUCGAAUCAAUUUUCAAACACUGUUCGAUAGCAACGCCGUACAAUCAAUUUUUUCAAAUUUUUCGAUUUCCCAUUAAAUCUAUCUACUAUCUAAUUAAUAAACAUUGAACUCUCGGAUGCAAAUAUACAAAUUCGUGUGGUUUAAUUCAGAAUGAAUGGGAAAUGGUUUUAUAUUCUCCCCAUUCAAUAUUCAGGUCCCCUGUUGAAUAUAAAAUACACAAUGAAUACGGGAAGCUGGCUUUGGAGCUGUAUGAUUGAAUUGAGGAAAACAAAUUCUAAUUUUAUGCAUUGGAAAGCAACGUUCACAUACCUCAUUGCUCCUGAGACUGCAUUAAAUAAAUCACAAUCCUUUCCUGUCUCUAUUCACUCCCCAACAUUUUACCUCCAGAAUCCAUUUGCUUCAGUUCCCUAUUCUUAUUCACUUAUUUUGGUUUUACCUGUAUUGCUUGACCAUUUCUGAUCGAUUCGCGGUAAUCCCUGAUGAAUAUUAGCUCUAUUACCAGUUUUUUCUUGCAGUUUCAAAUAUUGGCGUUGCUCGACAGUGUUUGUAAUAUCCUAGUCCAAUUAAUAAUGAAUUGUUCAAUUGAAUUUUAUUUGAUUUAUUAUCAAUUAUUCAAUUGGUAGUUAUUAAUUAAUUUUGUUAUUGUUUUUAUCAAGAAAUAUUGAUAUCGAAUCUUUUAUAAAUAAAAUCGAAUUACUUUA